GCGCGGAGGAGGAGGCGGCGGUGGCGGCGCAGCUCAGGACAGCACAGGGCAGCCACGAUGUUUGACAGCUCACAGUACCCCUAUAACUGCUUCAAUGACGACGCAGACGACUACCCUGCCGGCAGCUCGGACGAGGAAAAGCGGCUCACAAGGCCGGCGUACAGCUACAUCGCGCUCAUCGCCAUGGCCAUCCAGCAGAGCCCCGCGGGCCGCGUGACCCUGUCCGGCAUCUACGACUUCAUCAUGCGCAAGUUCCCCUACUACCGCUCCAACCAGCGCGCCUGGCAGAACUCCAUCCGCCACAACCUGUCGCUCAACAGCUGCUUCGUCAAGGUGCCACGGACCGAGGGCCACGACAAGGGCAAAGGCAACUACUGGACGUUCGCGGGCGGCUGCGAGUCCCUCCUGGACCUUUUUGAGAACGGCAACUUCCGUCGGCGACGCAGGCGACGCGGCCCCAAGCGCGAGGGGCCCCCGGGGAACCCUGAGCCAGCAGCGCGUGGCUCUCCGGGCCCCGACGGCGCUCCAGGCCCAGAUCGCGAGGCCCAGGCCAGCCCUGCCGCACACAGAGACAUCAAAUUCAGUAUUGACUAUAUCCUGUCUUCCCCGGACCCCUUCCCGGCUCUCAGGGCGCCCUAUCACUCGCAGGAAGCCAGGUAUCCAGCGCUAGAGCCCCAGCAAAUGAGCUUCCACUUUUGGGCAGCAUGAGGUCCCCCGGUGGCUGCUGCAGUCAGUCGCAGUCAGUCGAGGAUCUGAGCCUGAUCCUUCCCUGAAGGCAGGACUUGAACCAGGCAUCUUGAAUCAAGAACCCCGGACGUGGCCACAUCUGCAUUCUUCUUCCCAGAACGCCCCGGGGACCCAGCCCUCCGUUUGGAGGAGAGCUAUAAUUCCUAUAAAAGGUAUUUAUGGUGAUGUCGUGACUUUAUAAAGAAUAAAAGAAAAACAGUUCUCUCGCAGGAAAACACGGCUUGGAUUCGGCUCCACUUCGAGAUUUGCUGUGGACUUGCUGACCUCCCCCUGCAUCAAGCAGUAAAACCGCUGAGGUUCUCCAGAAUCAGGUAGCAUCUUGUCCUCAGCCACGAGACAGGUGGCUUUGUAGACGCCCCAUUCCCGAGUUAAAGUGUGCUCUAUAUCUUAUUCAUGAAGCCGGCUAAGGCCUUCCCCGUAGCUCAGAAUAAUGAGGUUUCAAACAGUGACGACAGAUGUUAAUCUGGCCUGGGACUAGUACUUACCCCGAGGCUUGCCAGGAUGCCAAGCUAUGAGCGACAUACCCAGAAGAACCCUGUGUUUGCACCACACACUUAUCUCCCAGACCAGGCGUGGUGGCACAAGCCCAUGAUCCCAACACUUAGGAGUCUGGGGUAGGAGGAUUUUAAGUUCAAGGCCCGCCCGAGCAAAAUAAGUGAGAGCUGGCUUCAAAAUAAGAAGAAAUUUAAGUGGCAUGUAAUUUCUAUACGGGGAAAAGAAUAGGGAGAAAGGAGGGGGAGAGGAGAGGGAAGGGCGCUUUAUCCUGAUUCUACUCAGUCCCUACCAGCUUCCUUGUAAUACUUUCGUAGGAGACGGGAGGAACCGUGUCGCACGCCGAGUGUUUAAGACGGGAGUGGACGUAUAUACUCCAUUUGAAAUGCGAAUGACUUAAUCACCACCGAGGUGGGCAGUUGAAGAAACACAGUUAGGCACAGUGCACCCCCGCCCCUUUUGCAGUGUUAACUGUUUGCUGUUCAUUUGAAGGUUAGUAAUCUGAUGAGCUCUGAGAUUAUGCCCUUGAAUGACGAAACUGCUCCCCACCAGGCUAGCUGUCUCCGUUGGGAAGCACAGUCCCGCCUUAGUUUAGAAACAGGCUCCAGGAGAAGGAAGGUGGACAGAGGCAGGAGGGGCCACAGCAGAGACCCCUCAGGCCUAGCUACCAUUGCAGCCUGGUGGAGUAACCCGGUUGCUCCCGGGCCUGGUCCGUAGAGCCUUUCCUGGCUGGGGAAAUGGAAGAGGCUCUGGGCCCUGCAGUGAUCUCCUCCACUAAGGAGCGUGGCCGCUCUCUGGCCUCCAGGCCCUAUGAGCACAGCCUCUGCCUCAAAGCUGUCCUCCCCCUCCCCACCCCCAUACACUCAGGCCAGCGAGAGGAGAGGGAGCCCUCCUCCACGGCCCUUUCCAGGGGCUCAGAUGCCCCUCCUUGCAAUGCCACCGGAGGUUUCCCAGACCUCUGCUGCUCCUACCAAUACACCCAGCAUGCUUGCGGGUCCUGCCUGCUGGCCAGGUAUAACACGGCACCUAGACCUGCGCUUGCUCCACGCAGGCUCCCUUCUCUGCCCCGGCUUAUAUGGCCUGUCAGGAUGCACUCUGUGCGUGAGUGUACGUGCGUGCCUGCCCGCUCCUGUGUACUCUGGUCAAUUGUCCAUGUCCUUGUUUUGUAUAUCUGUCCAUCCGGUGUGCUAAAGGCAUUGAUUCAAAUCUCACUGGAUCUACUUUAGACGGCUCGUAACACAGAUGGUUCACACAUCACAGGUGGCUCAGUGUCCAAAGAUACACAUUUUUUUCUGACAC